GUUCUUUCGCGAGUUGUCUGCUACAGUGAAUGUUCCUUGGUUCUUUGCCCGUUACGAAAACACCUCGAGAAACCAAGGACAUCAAUCAGAAAGGGCCGUUUCUGCUGGUUGUGAAAUAUCUUGACGCGCAGAUCCUUUUACUGAUAGUCUGUAGUACAAUAUGGGGAACCAUUCGUCGCUUUUGCUGAGAGAAGAUGAAAUUGCAACCAUCCAGCAAGAAACUGGGUUCACUCCCAACCAAAUUGAACGCCUCUACAGCCGAUUCACCAGCCUUGACAAAGGUGACAAUGGAUUCCUUUGCAGGGAAGACUUCCACCGUAUCCCAGAGUUAGCCAUCAAUCCUUUAGGGGACCGCAUUGUCAAUGCCUUCUUCUGCGAGUCUGGUUCAGAAGACCAGCUAAACUUCAGGCAGUUCAUGAAGGUGUUGGCCCACUUUCGACCGGUGAAGAAAGAUAAGGAAAAUAAACUGAACUCUAGGGAAGGCAAGCUCAGAUUUGCCUUCAAAAUGUACGACACGGACAACGACGAGCAGAUUUCCAAGGACGAGUUGCUCGGUGUUCUUCAAAUGAUGGUUGGCGACAACAUUAGUGAGGAACAGCUGGUUAGCAUCGCGGAAAGAACUAUUGUAGAGGCUGACAAGGAUGGUGACCAAAUGAUUUCAUUCCAAGAGUUCUGCGCCGCUUUGGAGAGGACUGAUGUGGAGCAAAAAAUGUCCAUCCGCUUUUUGAAUUAACACAACCAAAAAAAGUUCUCCUGUCAGCACCUACCGAAUCUACCGAAAUUACAGUGAACAUUUUGUACAACUUUACUCUCACUCUUUAUUCUACUACUAUUAUUACGAUUACUAAUACUAAUAUAAGUCGUACAGAUUUAGGGUUAGCCUACCGUAUAUAUGCAGAUAUCGCUUUUCAUGACUCUUUACAGUCUCUCGGGUGUUAGUGUGUGAUCUUCUUUUUUUUUGUGGUAAGGCAGUUUUGAUUGUUACUUUAUAAUAAAUAAUAACGGCAGAAAAACCAA